AUGCUGUCUGCGGACGAUGCCGAGUACCCGCGGGAGUACCGGACCCUGGGGGGCGGGGGCGGCGGGGGCCGGCGCUUCUCCAACGUGGGGCUGGUGCACACGUCUGAGCGGCGGCACACGGUCAUCGCUGCCCAGAGCCUGGAGGCGCUCAGCGGGCUCCAGAAGGCGGACGCCGAGCGCAAGCGCGAUGCCUUCAUGGACCACCUGAAGAGCAAGUAUCCGCAGCACGCCCUGGCCCUGCGUGGCCAGCAGGACAGGAUGCGCGAGCAGCAACCAAACUACUGGAGUUUCAAGACCCGCAGCUCGCGCCACACGCAGGGAGCCCAGCCUGGGCUGGCAGACCAGGCAGCCAAGCUGUCAUACGCCUCAGCUGAGUCGCUGGAGACCAUGUCGGAGGCCGAGCUGCCCCUGGGCUUCAGCAGGAUGAACCGCUUCCGACAGAGCCUGCCCCUCUCCCGCUCGGCCAGCCAAACCAAGCUGCGCUCCCCAGGGGUGCUGUUCCUGCAGUUCGGGGAGGAGACUCGGCGCGUGCACAUCACGCACGAGGUCAGCAGCCUAGACACGCUGCACGCCCUCAUCGCUCACAUGUUCCCGCAGAAGCUCACCAUGGGCAUGCUGAAGUCGCCCAACACCGCCAUCCUCAUCAAAGACGAGGCUCGAAACGUCUUCUACGAGCUGGAGGAUGUCAGGGAUAUCCAGGACCGGAGUAUUAUCAAGAUCUACAGAAAGGAGCCGCUCUAUGCAGCAUUUCCUGGCUCACAUCUCACCAAUGGGGACCUCCGGAGAGAGAUGGUGUACGCGUCGCGGGAGUCGUCGCCCACGCGGCGCCUCAACAACCUGUCGCCAGCGCCACACCUGGCGUCGGGCUCGCCGCCGCCGGGGUUACCAUCAGGGUUGCCGUCGGGGCUGCCUUCAGGCUCGCCUUCGCGCUCGCGCCUCUCGUACGCCGGGGGGCGCCCGCCCUCGUAUGCCGGCAGCCCGGUGCACCACGCAGCAGAGAGGCUGGGCGGCGCCCCGGCCGCCCAGGGUGUCAGCCCCAGCCCCAGCGCCAUCCUGGAGCGGCGCGAUGUGAAGCCGGACGAGGACCUGGCGGGCAAGGCGGGCGGCAUGGUGCUGGUGAAGGGCGAGGGCCUCUACGCGGACCCCUACGGGCUUCUCCACGAGGGCCGUUUGAGCUUGGCUGCGGCCGCGGGCGACCCAUUCGCCUACCCGGGCGCCGGCGGCCUGUACAAGCGCGGCUCGGUGCGCUCGCUCAGCACCUACUCGGCCGCGGCGCUGCAGUCGGACCUGGAGGACUCGCUCUACAAGGCGGCGGGCGGCGGCGGUCCGCUCUAUGGCGACAGCUACGGCUUCCGCCUGCCGCCCUCUUCGCCACAGAAGCUGGCCGACGUGACGGCGCCCCCUGGAGGUCCCCCGCCGCCACACAGCCCCUACUCCGGUCCGCCCAGCCGCGGUUCGCCGGUGCGUCAGUCCUUCCGCAAAGACUCGGGCUCCUCAUCCGUCUUCGCUGAGAGCCCCGGGGGCAAGGCCCGCAGCACCGGGAGCGCCUCGACGGCCGGAGCGCCCCCUUCCGAGCUCUUCCCCGGGCCAGGGGAGCGCCCGCUGGUUGGGUUCGGGCCGCCUAUGCCAGCCAAGGAUACCGAGACCAGAGAGCGCAUGGAAGCCAUGGAGAAGCAGAUUGCCAGCCUCACAGGCCUGGUGCAGAGUGCCCUGCUCCGUGGCUCAGAGCCAGAGACUCCCAGUGAGAAGAUUGAAGGCUCCAAUGGAGCAGCCACGCCCUCAGCACCCUGCGGGUCAGGCGGCCGGAGCAGCGGGGCCACCCCGGUGUCCGGCCCUCCGCCACCGUCGGCUAGCAGCACCCCUGCCGGGCAGCCCACAGCCGUCAGCCGCCUACAGAUGCAGCUGCACCUGCGCGGCCUGCAGAACAGCACUAGUGACUUGCGCGGCCAGCUUCAGCAGCUGCGCAUGCUCCAGCUACAGAACCAGGAGUCGGUGCGCGCCCUGCUGAAGCGCACAGAGGCGGAGCUGAGCAUGCGCGUGUCGGAGGCGGCGCGGCGGCAAGAGGACCCUCUUCAGCGGCAGCGCACCCUGGUGGAGGAGGAGCGCCUGCGCUACCUCAAUGACGAGGAGCUCAUCACCCAGCAGCUCAAUGACCUGGAGAAGUCAGUGGAGAAGAUUCAGAGGGAAGUGUCACACAAUCACCGGUUGGUACCUGGGCCUGAACUGGAGGAGAAGGCGCUGGUCCUGAAGCAGCUCGGGGAGACAUUGACUGAACUCAAGGCUCACUUCCCAGGCCUGCAGAGCAAGAUGCGGGUAGUGCUGCGUGUGGAGGUGGAGGCGGUGAAGUUCCUGAAGGAGGAGCCACAGCGCCUGGACGGGUUACUCAAGCGCUGCCGUGGGGUCACGGACACGCUGGCCCAGAUCCGAAGGCAAGUGGACGAGGGUGUGUGGCCACCCCCCAACAACCUCCUGAAUCAGUCCCCCAAGAAAAUGACAGCCGAGACUGACUUCAGCAAGAGCUUGGACUUUGAAAUACCACCCCCCAGCCCUCCGCUGAACCUGCACGAGCUGAGUGGGCCAGCUGAGGGCGUCCCCCUGACCCCAAAGGGCGGCAACCCCACCAAAGGCCUGGACGCUCCUGGCAAGAGAAGCAUGGACAAGGCUGUGUCUGUUGAGGCUGCUGAGCGGGACUGGGAGGAGAAGCGAGCAGCCUUGACCCAGUACAGCGCCAAGGACAUCAACCGGCUGCUGGAGGAGACACAGGCAGAGCUGCUCAAGGCCAUCCCUGACCUGGACUGUGCAAGCAAGGCCCACCCAGGCCCGGCUCCCACCCCUGACCACAAGUCCCCUAAGGUUCCCCAUGGCCAGAAGGCAGCCCCCCGAACAGAGCCCAGCGGGAGGAGGGGCUCAGAUGAACUGACAGUGCCCCGCUACCGCACAGAGAAGCCCUCCAAGUCACCCCCGCCGCCCCCUCCCCGCCGGAGCUUCCCGUCCUCCCAUGGCCUGACCACCACACGCACUGGCGAGGUUGUAGUCACCAGCAAGAAGGACUCGGCCUUCAUCAAGAAGGCUGAGUCAGAAGAGUUGGAGGUGCAGAAGCCACAGGUGAAGCUGCGCCGGACCGUGUCCGAGGUGGUCCGCCCAGCCUCCACGCCGCCCAUCAUGGCUUCUGCUAUCAAGGAUGAGGACGAUGAGGACCGCAUCAUCGCAGAGCUGGAGAGUGGUGGUGGCAGUGUGCCACCCAUGAAGGUGGUGACUCCGGGGGCCUCUCGGCUGAAGGCGGCCCAAGGCCAGGCAGGCAGCCCGGACAAAAGCAAACAUGGGAAGCAAAGGGCUGAGUACAUGAGGAUCCAGGCCCAGCAACAGGCCACUAAACCAUCUAAAGAGAUGAGCGGGUCAAAUGAGACCUCGAGCCCAGUCUCAGAAAAGCCUUCGGCUUCCAGAACCUCUAUCCCCGUAUUGACUUCCUUUGGGGCGAGGAAUUCUUCCAUCUCCUUCUAG